AUGGCUAUUUUAAUCCUAUUCUUCCAACAACUCACCGGAAUUAAUGUGAUUAUGUUCUAUGCCUAUGUUUUGUUCAACACAAUCGGGUUUGGAGACGAUGCUUCACUUAUGUCUGCUGUCAUUACUGGGGUUGUUAACGUUGGUGCUACUUCGGUCUCCAUUUAUGGAUUGAUCUUAGUAUCUACUUCCCUCAUAAUCCCAAACCGUUCUCAUCGAGUCACAGCUGUUGGGUGGAUUUGUGCAGUGUUUUCUGUUUGUGUUUUUGCUGCUCCUCUUAUUAGUACAAGAAUUGUGAUUAAAACAAAGAGUGUGGAAUACAUGCCUUUUGCUUUGUCAUUCUCCUUGACAUUAUGUGCUGUUAUGUGGUUCUUCUACGGUCUUUUAGUAAAUGAUUUAUUUAUUGCGGAUUCGUUUUCGGAAUCGCUCAAAUGA